GAUACGAGUAUCUUCUGUACAGAUCUCUUCACCACGUUUCCUUAUCCGUAAAGUGAAGGAGAUCAAACGAUGCUGUUUGGAAAAAUUUCCCAGCAGUUGUGCGGCUUAAAGAAACUCCCAUGGUCAUGUGACUGCAGAUACUUCUGGGGCUGGUUGAAUGCAGUAUUUAAUAAAGUGGAUUAUGAACGCAUCAGGGAUGUGGGACCCGACAGGGCCGCUUCGGAGUGGCUGCUGCGCUGCGGGGCCAUGGUGCGCUACCACGGCCAGGAGAGGUGGCACAAGGACUACAACCACCUCCCGACAGGACCCCUGGACAAAUAUAAGAUUCAGGCGAUUGAUGCCACAGACUCUUGUAUCAUGCGCAUUGGAUUUGAUUACAUGGAUGGCCUACAGCACGUUGAAAAAAUAAGGCUAUGCAAGUGUCAUUAUAUUGAGGAUAGCUGUUUGGAGAAGCUUGGUAAGCUUGAAAAUUUACAAAAGAGCAUAUUGGAAAUGGAAAUAAUUUCAUGUGGGAAUGUCACAGACAAAGGCAUCAUUGCUUUGUAUCACUUAAGAAACCUCAAAUAUUUGUUGUUAAGUGAUCUUCCUGGAGUAAGAGAAAAAGAAAACCUCAUCCGAGCCUUUAAGACAGCACUGCCUUCUCUGGAACUAAAAUUAAACUUGAAGUAAAAUAAUAAUA